UGCUUUGAUGUUCAUUGUGCAUUAUUUCUCUAACCAGACAAGCGUUAAGCACGUUUUGCUGCAAAAAAAUAGUAUACAAUAAAUAUAAAUUUAAGAUUUAUACAAGUUCAGAAUAAAAAAAAUGGCAGUUUGGGAAGGCAAGAAGUACAAGUUGGAAAAAUCUGAAAAUUUUGAAGAGUACAUGAAAGAACUGGGCGUUGGAUUUCUGAUUCGCAAAGUUGGAAACAGUACGUAUCCCACUGUUGAACUUUUGAAAAACGAAGAUGGUACCUUUACUUUGAAUACAAUUUCUACCUUUAAAAACACUACCAUCAAAUUUAAGCCUGGCGAGGAAUUCGAUGAAGAAACUGUGGACGGUCGGAAGGUAAAAUCCAUUUGUCGUUUUGAAGGUGAUACAUUAAUACAUGAACAAGCCGGUGAAAAGCCGACAACAAUUGAACGUAUUUUCAAAGCAGAAGAAAUGACAGCUAUUAUGAAAAUUAACAACAUAAUUUGCACUCGUAUAUAUAAAGUAGUCACAUAAUUUUCUUCAAUACUCAACAUGGUGAAUAUUGCCGACAAGUACUACACAAAUAUUGCAUUUAUUACAUUCAUCACACUUAUUUUUUUUUCGUCUUGAUUAUUCAUAAAAAUGCAAUCUAAUUUUUUUUAUAAAAUUUGUUUAAGUCAAAUGUUUUAAACAUUUUUAAAUUACCUUCCCGAUUUUUUUCUAUCUAUUGAAAUAUUUUUACUAAUUAUUGAGUAUAUUUUAAUAAGAAUUCCUAAAAUCUUUUCUAAAGUUUUAAAAUAAUUGUUCAUAAAAAAAUAAGUUCCUUUUUUAUACAAAAAUUAAUUAGGUAUUAGGACAACCUUUAUAAUAUUUUUUACUAAAUUUAAAACAGAAAGUAAUAAAGUGCAUACCAAAUAUCAAGAA